ACCCACCACCCCAAGUGGCCAUAUCGCCCAACCGGUGCGCAGCUCAACAACCUCCCCCCCUUCCGCGCAGGUUAGUAAACACUCCACGUUAAUUAAAGCCCACCUAGGGUAUUGUCUGUUUUCUUUCCACAGCCGGCGGGAGAAGAAAUCAGAGCCGUUCCUUCACUUUUUCUCUCCACUCGGGCACCGGUCUCAGCUCUCUCUCAUCUUCUUCCAAGGCAGCAGUAGCAGAAGAAACUGGAGCUGUCGAUGGAGAUGUUGAGAUCUAACAAAGGGCUUACAGAAGACGAGGACGACGACGAUGAAGAUUACGUCAGGAAAGACGGUUCUUCUUCACAGAAAGGAGAUUCGGGUGCUAGAGGAGAUGGUAGGGGCAAUGAUCAAAGGGCAAACACGCCGCGAUCGAAGCACUCUGCAACCGAACAGCGUAGGAGGAGCAAAAUCAAUGACAGAUUCCAAAUAUUAAGAGAUCUCAUCCCAAAUAGUAGUGAUCAGAAGAGAGACAAGGCAUCAUUCCUUUUAGAGGUCAUUGAAUAUGUCCAGUUUUUACAAGAGAAGGUUCAGAAGUAUGAGACAGCAUUCCCUGGAUGGGGUCAAGAUAGCAUGAAACUGGCAACAUGGAAACACAGCCAAGGGGCAGGAGAGAAUACAGCUGACCAUUCUCGAGCCAUAAAGAACGGACCUAGUCCUGGGUUGAUGUUUGCCGGGAAGUUUGAUGAGAAUAUUGCUGCCGUCCCAGCAAUGCUUGCAAACAUGCAGAAUCCCAUUGAAUCCGACAGCUUGACUGCAGGCACUCCUUACAAACCUAUGGACCACAAUCCGGGUUUGGCUAGUAAGGCAGUUCCCACACCCAUGGUUUUGCAGCAGAACAUGUAUCCUUCUUCUAUUGGAAGCAGUGGGCUUGCCCAACCUCCACAAAGACCGAUGUCCGAUGCUGAAAACAUGGCUUCUCAGCCACAGCCGCAAGUAUGGCCAAGACAAUACCCGUCUGACAGUGAUGUGUUGAACGAACAGGAGGAGCUAAUGAUUGAAGGGGGCACUAUUCGCAUGUCCAGUAUAUAUUCUCAAGGGUUAUUGACUACUCUAACACAGGCACUGCAGAGCUCAGGCGUAGAUCUGUCACAAGCUAGUAUCUCCGUGCAGAUUGAUCUUGGGAAACGGGCAAUUACGAGACCGUCCACCACUAAGGAUCACGAGGACCCUUCAUCUAGUAACAGGUUGAUGUCACACUCGAGGGUGGCGAGCAGCGGUGAGGAUUCAGACCAAGCUCAAAAGAGGCUCAAGAUGGAUAACAUUUUCCUUUUCCUACUCUUAGGAGGCUUCCAUGAAAAUUUGAGAAGCUGCUUUUUCUUUCAAGGCUUCCAUUGUGUGAGAAUUACAAUGGCUGCAGUUGGAGCUUCCUUCAUUGUGGCUGAUGGCUGCUGCUCUGCCUGAUUGCAAUUGCUGUUUAGGAUGGAAGAAGCAAGAAAAUGGGAAUCUGCCUAAGGUUGUACCUGUUUUUCUGACCCACAUCCCAAAUGAUUAGGUUGCGUUUGGGUGCCACUUAAGAGUUCUCAUUUUAGGUAAUGUCAAUUACGAAUUAGAGAUCAUAGUUUUUUAUAACUCGUUGGUUAUACUUUUAAUCUCCACCAAAAAAUGUUUUUAUUUUUUAUUUUUUAAGUGGCACCCAGACAGGCCCAUAGACUGUUUGGAUGUACAAUCGGAUUGAAUUACAGUCGGCUCAGGUCAAUGAAGAGAGAAUGGAUGAAAUGGUGCCGGAAUGCAAUUCCCAUUGCUUGGGUCCGGCUUGAAAUGUACAAAUUUUCAGUUGGGAGUUUGGUUGACAUGAUGAAUUUGGAUGGCCUGCCCAACCGCAUUUCAGUCAUUUUUAGCUACAAGGAAUUGAUUGCAUUCAAUUAGAUUUUUUA